UGACUGAAUAACUUGAUUUCUGCACAGUGGCAGUUAAUCUUGUCGACCCAGUAUCAUCGAGUAUCAUCCAGACAUACAGAUGUACACGGUGAUGGUCAUUUCUCCACAAUAAACUGCAGUACUAUUAGUUAUUCGCAAAGGAAUACAUAACAAAUGCCCGAGAGUAUUGUUUUAAUAUCUGUCGAUAUAUUUAGUUGCAUUAAGGGGUUAUGACAUACGCUGCUGAUAGUUGCUCUUGCUAUACUAAUAGUUAGCCUGUGAAUGGUCUGGUUUUUCACGUUCGCAUUAAGUUUUAGCAGGGGCCUUUUUAAAUGCAAAGUUGUCGUGUUUGAAAAACAGGGCUCAGAAUAACUUUUUAGGAAUAAAUCCUCUGCAUCAUUUAUGGUGGUUACGUAUUUUAUUUUUAUUAGUUAGCAGCACCUGUAAAAGUUGGUCUUUCAUGUGCCAACGUGUGGCUAAACCAGUCCCUGACCCGUAACAAGCCACUUACACAACUUUAGAUAGCAACACGUCUUUCAUGCCAAACAAAAAAAAAAAAAACAUAUCAGCAAAAAUAAUAAUGAUAAUCACGUUUUUUUUCAAUUAAAAUUAUGUUAGUUCCUUAUUUCAUCCCGAAAUGCUCAAAUAGAAUCUUGACCAACAGCACCCCCUUGUGUCAACAAGCGGGAUGACCUCAAAUGCGUUGCGUAGAUACAAGGCAACAAAUGAUUCCGCUGUGACGGUGAAAAAGUGACAAGUUGCUUUAGUUAGGAACUUUACUUGAUAAUAUUACCAAUUAUCAUUAGUGUACAGAGAAAAAAUGUCAUCAGUGGUUCAACAUGGCCAACGAAGAGGACCCGGGAAGAGUGCUGAAAACACCAAUGAGACAAUCGGGCUUCCAGAUCUCCAUCAGACCACCGUUUUAACCAAGGCUGACUGGUCGAGGAUCCAGGAUGAAAUCAACCGAGUGGACAAGGAAAAAGAACGCAUGAUGGAGGCCACGAGGCAGAGGGAGGCCCUGCACCUGAAAUCCAAACAGAUGGCCAAACUCUGGCCUAACACGCUUGCCUGUCAAAGACAGAAGAAGCUGGAGGCAAAGAAGAUCCGGGACCAGGUGGAGGAGGACAAAAGGAAACAGAUCGAUAUGGAGGAGGCCAAAUAUCGAGAAGAAAAGCGGAAAGAGGCCAUUGAGAAGGCAAAGACGCAGCUCUACUAUGAAACGGAGCGAGUCAAAGGACUGCAUCGUGCACUCUUGCUGACAGAAGUUCUGAAGGAAAGAGAAGCUCAGAUCGAGCUGAAGCAAAGGAAGAAAAGCGCCUUCAAGGACCUGGAUGAAGAACACAUGCAGAUGCUGAAGGCCAGGGAGGAUGAAGCUCUCACAAAAGAGCAGGAGCGAACGCAACAGAAAAAACAGGAGAGCAAAGCUUUUGCCGAAGAACUGCGGAAGCAGAUGAAGGAAAAUCAGCUGGAAAGAGAGCGACGGAAGCAUGAGACCAAGAAGGACGGCGAGGAAAUCCAACGGCUUCAAGAGCUCCAUCAGUGGGAGCAAAAAAUGGAGGAGCAGUCGCAAGCCAGGCAGAAGAAAGAGUUCAUGAACGAUCAGCUGGAGCAUCUCGCUCAAAGGGAGAUUUCGAAGGCGGCGGAUGCGGAGAAACAAGAGGUGGAGGAGGCGCAACGGAAACUGUUCCUGUCUGCAAAGGAGAAGAUGGUGACGUUAAGAAGAGAUAAGGAGAAGGAGUUGCUCAGAGAGGUCCAGAUUCGCAGAGAGAGGAUCAUGGACAAGCUGAUGUUGGCUCAGCAGGAGCAGAAGGAGCAGAAGCAGCAGAACAACGCCGAGGCUGUCGCCGAGCGGGACGCGCAGAGGAUGCAGCGGGAAUGGGAGGAAGAGCAGAAGAGGGUGCAAAUGAUGAAGUCGAUCGCAGCUCACAGGGAGCACGUGAUCCAAGAGAAAGAGCGCAACGAACUGAUCAGAAAGGAGAAAGAAAGAGAAGUUCUUCAAGCAAAGAAAGAAGGUGACAGAAUAUUUGGUGAAGAACAGCAAAAGAAGUCCCAGAGGAUCCAGCAGGAGCUCCGGAAGAUACAAGACUUCAAUGCAAGCCAGAUGCUGGAGAAACAAGCCAGGCAGCAUCAAGUAAGGCUAGCGGAGCACCAGUUUGAAGCCGAGAACAUGGAGCUCCUCGCCGAAGAAGAGCUUGGGUUCGAGCGGUACUCGAGGGCCGUGGUCCAAGCGGCCGCCUCCUCCGAGCGUAACGUGCUUCCGCUCUACAAGGCCGUGAGGGAGGGGGUGGCGGGGGGCCCAGCCUUCAUCGGAGCGAGACCUCGCUACCUCGUUCAGGACAGCAGCGGCGCCGAAAUGCCCAAAUAUGUCUCGGACAGCAAGCGGGAUAUCAAGAAGAUCCACCAGGUUGAAGAUAUCGAAGAAGCAAAGAAGAGGCUCGGGUUUACGUGGUUUUAAGAGCGCCGGUGGAAGGCCCGCGGGGAGCUCAAAUGUGGGAGCGGUUGCUGGACCCUUGGUGCGAAAAGUGAAUUCAGAAAUGGGUUUCAAAAUGCAUCAUUCGUAUGUGAAGGUCAUUUCUGAAAACCUACGCAAAGAUUGAGAAGAAGAUUACUGUAUUGGAGAGGGUCAAUAACUGCAGUGGAACGUUGCAAAAAUAUUGUAAAAACAAAAAUGGUGUCUUUUUAAUUUCCAUUCUACACAGAGGGGAAGCGCCGAAAACCAACGUGCACAAUGAACAUCUCAUCCAAGUUGGUUUUGUUGCACUUGCGCCAUGAGCAUUUUCCACAUU